GUAGUCGCACAACGGCAGUCGUACACGUUCAACGCUCGUUCCGCACGUACACGCGCGCCACCACGGUCUCUGUUUGUUAAAAAUUCUCGCGCGCGCGUGUGUCUCCUUACGCCGCCGCCGCAGCCGUGUGUUCUCGCCGCGCCACACACAUGACACCGUUUGUCCGUGCGUUGAUCGCGUGUUCGUCGUCGCCGCAUUCGUCGUAGUGUUUAUUUCGUUUACCCGAACGCAUCAAUAUUAAAAAUAUUUCAUUUUAUUUUUUCGUUAUUUUUUUCGUUAUUACGGUCCUAGAGGAUUUUCGUUCAAUUUUUCGUGUGCUUUUCGCGUGGAUGACACCGCUGAUCUGACCAGGUCGCGCCGCAUCAGCUGCCGACGACAUCGCACCGCCGUCGCCGCACCACCGCGGGCGGACACAGUCGCGCGCGCCCGUCGCCCGCGUUCUCCACCACGCACGGUAAAUACCCGACGAUAAUUGACAAUAAUCCGUACCCGCAGUCGCGUCGCCGACCGCACACGACCGCUGCAACGAUAAAUAAAAUGCUAAUGGACGCCGAAAUCAAAAACUGUUCCGGCCUGUUGGCGGGCGGAGUGCACCACGCUUCGGCACACAUGGGCCACACGUACGGUAACCUCAACCAGAUGGGCAUGUUGGCCGGUAUCGGGUCCGCGGGCGUCGUGCUCGGCGGACCGCAGGGUGGUGGACAGCAGCCGCUGUCGUCGCCUCCGCCGUCGCAACAGCAACAGCAGCAACAACAACAGCAACAGUCUGCGCUGCACCAACAGCAACAGCAGCAGCAACAACAACAGCAGCAGCAGCAGCAGCAGCAGCAGCAACAGCAACAGCAACAGCAACAACAGCAGCACCAUCAACACAUGCAGGCCGCGCACCACCAUCACCAGGUAGGCGGACACGUCGUCGGCGGUCAGCUGCAGCUGCCGUCCCCGAACAACAACAACUCGUCGUCGGCCAACAAAAACCAGAACGUGGACCGCGUCAAGCGGCCCAUGAACGCGUUCAUGGUGUGGUCGCGUGGACAGCGCCGCAAGAUGGCCCAGGAGAACCCGAAGAUGCACAACUCGGAGAUCAGCAAGCGGCUGGGUAGCGAGUGGAAGAUGCUGACCGAGACGGAGAAACGGCCGUUCAUCGACGAGGCCAAGCGAUUGCGCGCCGUGCACAUGAAGGAACACCCGGACUACAAGUACCGGCCAAGGCGCAAGACAAAGACUUUGAUGAAGAAGGAAAAGUACCCGCUACCGGGAGGUGGAGGCCCACUGUCCCUGGGAGGUGCUGGCGGACAGCCGUGCGACAACUCCGUGGGCGGCCGGAACGCCGUUGCUCAGGUAUCGGGCGUAACGCAGCAGCAGCUUAACAACAGCCGGGAUCUGUACCACCAGAUGAACGGUUACAUGCCCAACGGCGGAUUCGGCAUGCACCACGACCCGAAUCCGUACGCGCAACAGCCGUCGCCGUAUGCAUCUCACAUGGCCGCCGCGUCUCAGGCCGCCGCUAGUUACCGGUACGACAUGCCGCAGAUGAACAACAACGCGGCCGCGGCCGCGUCCAUGCACUACUUGAACGGCAGCUACAACCUGUACUCGGACAUGAACCAGUACCAGCAGGGGCCGCCGUCCACGUCGCACAGCCCGGACAGCAUCAAGUCCGAGAGGAUCUCGCCACCCGUCCAGUCGGGUGGCCACUCGCCCAGUCCAAGGCUGUGCCAGCAACAGCAGUUGCACCAGCAGCAACAGCAACAGCAGCAGCAACAGCAACAGCAGCAGCUGGGUGGCAACGAUCUGCUACGCAUGUACAUGCCGCUCGAGUCCAGGCUGUCGGCUGCCGCCCAGGGACACCAGCAGCCCGGCGGCCACAGCCACCCGUAUCUGUCGCACAGCCAGCAACAGAACCUCGUGCAGCAGGCACACCCGCACUCCAUGUCGCCCGAUCUCCAGAUGGGCCACUUGGGCCAUCACAUGUAAACGACGCGUCGGCCAGCCAGCCAGCCAACCGUUUACAUGCCGCCGCCGCAGCUUCCUCCGCAUCGCCGUCGACAUCAUUCUCCUCAACGUCCACGAGCGCCGACUGCACGGACAGCCCACGAAGGACAGCGCCGCGCGCUCAUGUAAGCCAUAUAAAAAAAAAAACAAAAACAAUAAAAAAUUCAAAAAAAAAUUAUUAAAAACUUAUUAUAUACAUUUAACCGGCGCAAACGGCGGGCAAACAUUGGUCUUGUUCCGCGAUCUUUUUCCCGCCGUUAAAGAUUUUUUUUUUUAUGAAUAACAUUGUCAUAAUAACGAUUAACAUAACUUUUUAAGUGUUAUACUUGCCCAAGUCGCGAGUAGUAGAUGUGUCAGUAUAAUGACGAUUAUUUUUUUCCUAGCUUUUUUUUUAAUUUAUAAUUUUGAUUAUUUUUCAAUGAAUUGUUUUUGAAAAACGUAAACGCGUGUCGGCCGCGUGAACCAUAAUAAUAAUAUUUAUCAUAAUAAAAAACCAAUGUCCUCGAAAUUUGUAAAAAAAAAAAAAUGAAAAAAUAACUCCGCUUAACGAAAAAAAAAAAAAUAAUUAAAAACCGAUGACAUUUUCGUCUUGCCUCCUGUGUAAUAAUUGAUAAUAUUUUUCCGUUAUUGUUAUUAUGUGCGACGACGUGUCGAAAAACAACGUGCUUAAUAUUAUUAUAUAUUAUGCGUGUAUUGCGAUAUUUAAUAGUACGCGUGAUUCCUCCCCAUCACCCGCCGCGGGUACAAUUUUGAUUCGAACGCACACGAAACGACUCUUUUAUGUAUCUAUACAUUUGCUUUGUACAUAAAAGUGUAUUUUUUUUUUCUUGACGAAAAGAAAACAAUUUAAAUAAAACUACACCGCCGGCCCCACCGCGUACACCUUUAACAAUAUAUUUACAUUAGGUGUAAUAUAUUAAUAUUAUUAUAAUAUUAUGUGAAAAAUGCGCGCAAGUGAACAAUAUUAUUUAUAGGUACCUAAUCAAUACCUACAUAGUGUUUCGGCCGAGUCUGCGGCGCGGAGCCGCCCGAGAUUGUGCCAUAAACUUAAAAUAAAAUCAUAAAAUUAAAACGCACACACACACAUACAUGUCUUACAAAAAUUUGUAAUUUGUAACUUUCAAAAACGAGAAAAUGCUCGCCGCCCCUCCAUUAUGUAUCGAAAUCCGUCCUACCCGCCGAAUUCCUCCUCACGACGACAUCGCCGUAGUAUAGUAUUUCAUAUAAUACUAUAUAAUAUUAUGAUCGCACGUCAAUUAAAAUUUCGUAUACAUACCCUCCCGUGUGUGUGUGUACAAUACAUGUACACAACAACAAUAAAUUUACGAAAACACAAUACCUUCUUUGGCGGCGCAGGCCCCGUCAAAAUAUCCUUAGAUAUUUUAAUAUAAUAUAUAAAUUAUAAGGACUCGCCGCUCGCUAUAAUUGCAGCGUGUACUACAUGCAUAACACUGUAUAAUAUCGUUACAGGUAUAUAUCGUUAUAUUAUAAUAUUAUAUUGUAUGCGAUAACAUCGGCGGUCAGACAACACGCACACAGACUUACGGCGCGUAAUCCGGUAAAACAAACGGAAUAAUAAUAAAAAAAAAAAAAACAAAAAAAAAAA